ACUCCUGAGUCCUGACUACAUUUUUUUUUUUUUGGUGAAUUCGAUACUAUCAGUUUUUGGAAGACGAAUUUCGCCCCCCGCCCGACGGGAGUUCUCAGUUCUUGAUCGACUCAAUCUUCAGUUCAAUUCAAUGUGUUACAAAGUAAUGCAUUUUGUUUCUGCGUUUCGGAACCGGAAAGUUUUCUAUGAUUAACGGGGGGAAUUCGAGUUUCUACCGUGAGCGAUCUAAUGAAACAGGACAUGAAAAAUCAGAAUUUGAUUCGUAAAAUUUUCACUAUGAAGGGAGGAAAGAAUGGAAACAGACAGAGUGAAGAAUCAUUUGAUUCCUCAGGAGCACGCUCUGACUCCGCAAUCCAAUCUCUAUUCUUUAGGGGUACAACUGGUCCAACAUUGAGUCAGAAUUUUCAGUCCUUCCGAGUGUUUGUGGCAACAUGGAAUGUAGGAGGCAAAUCUCCUCCUAGCGACUUAAAUCUUGAUGAUAUUCUUCCGGAUCAUAAUCAAUCAGACAUAUAUGUUUUAGGUUUUCAGGAAAUUGUCCCAUUGAAUGCAGGAAAUGUGUUAGUUAUAGAAGAUAAUGAGCCUGCCGGAAAAUGGCUAGCUUUAAUUAAUCAGUCACUGAACAAACAACAGACAGCAGGUAGAGGAAUUAAAUCCACUGCCUCACUUGGUGGCCCACUGUUCUUUCAAAGGCAAUCCCUCAGAAAGAUCAGUGAAGCUUUCAGGACAGAGAGUAAGAGGAGGUUGAAGAGUUGCAACUGUGCCUCUGAAUUGGAAAAGAAAUAUAGUAAGGAGUUUUGUUGUCCACGCCCACAGUCGAACAUAAAUGAAGGUGAACUUUCUUCAGAAGAGGAUGAAGAUGGAUCUAGCAACAUUAGCACCAACCAGAUGAAGUAUGGACUUGUAGCAAGUAAGCAAAUGGUGGGUAUUUUUGUCACAAUUUGGAUGCGACGAGAGCUUAUUCAACAUGUGAGUCACUUGAGGAUCUUCUGUUUCAGUCGUGGCAUCAUGGGCUGCCUUGGAAACAAGGGGUGCAUUGCUGUGAGCAUGUGUUUCCAUCAGACAAGCUUUUGCUUUGUAUGCAGUCAUCUGGCAUCUGGAGAGAAAGAAGGAGAUGAGCUUAGGAGAAAUUCAAAUGUGUUGGAGAUACUUAGAAACACACAAUUCCCAAGGAUUUGCAGAACAUCUCAAACUAGGGUGCCUGAAAAAAUUCUGAAACACGAUCGUGUUAUAUGGCUAGGGGACUUGAAUUACAGGAUUGCCUUGAGCUAUUUGGAGACUAUAAAUUUUAUGCAACAGAACAACUGGGAUGCAUUGCUUCACAAAGAUCAGCUCAAGAUUGAAAGGGAUGCAGGGCGAGUAUUCAAAGGAUGGGAGGAAGGAAAGAUCUUUUUUGCACCAACAUACAAGUACUCUUUCAAUUCUGAUAGUUAUGCUGGAGAGACAAUAGAAACAAAAAACAAGAGGAGAACACCAGCAUGGUGUGAUAGAAUACUAUGGCAUGGAAAUGGAAUUCAUCAGCUUCACUACAUUCGUGUAGAGACCCGGUUUUCUGAUCACCGUCCUGUAUAUGCAACAUUUAUUGUGGAUGUUGAGGUUACUGAAGGCAGAUUUGGGAGGAAACUAUCUGGCACAAAUAUAUAAAUUGGAACUGAAGAAUGAAGAGCUUUUACCUCCCUCUUACCAGUAGAUAAGUGCCUCAAAUAAACAAACUCGUAAGAAAUGGCAGAGUAAUGGCAUCAAUUGUGGUUUGCUAAGGACCGCAAAGGUGGGUCAUUGUACAUGGCUAUUUCAGUGAGGGCAAGUCUCAUCAGUUCAUGGCCUUGAAAAGAAAAAAGCAAAAAAAAAAAGUAUAGGGUGCAAAAGAAGGUUUCUUUCUUCUUUCUUUCGUUUAUUUUUAUUUUUUAAGAAAUAUUUUCAAUUUAAAAUUUUGCCCCUUUUUUUUCAUUAUUUCUCCAUUUAUUUGUUGGAAAAUAAUAAUUCAGUGAUUUGGGUAUUUGACUGGAAGCCCAAUGUCAUAUGGGGCAACCGGCAUCAUAUUCUGGACUUCUGAACUGGGUU